AUGGCCGACGCGUCCGCCUUCCCCUACGGGCUGCGCGUCCUCGUCGUCGACGACGACCCCACCUGGCUCAAGAUACUCGAGAAGAUGCUCCGCAAGUGCUCCUACGAAGUUACCACAUGCGGCCUAGCUAGAGUUGCUCUUGAAAUUCUCCGGGAGAGGAAAAACAGGUUCGACAUUGUGAUUAGUGAUGUCAACAUGCCAGAUAUGGAUGGCUUCAAGCUUCUUGAACACAUUGGACUUGAGAUGGAUCUGCCUGUUAUAAUGAUGUCCAUUGAUGGGGAGACAAGUAGGGUGAUGAAAGGUGUGCAGCAUGGUGCUUGCGAUUACCUCCUUAAGCCUGUUCGGAUGAAGGAACUCCGGAACAUUUGGCAACAUGUAUACAGGAAGAAAAUGCACGAGGUUAAAGAGAUCGAAGUUGAUUCCGAUCCCACGAGGAAGAGAAAAGACAUGGACCACGGAGAUCAGGACUCCAGUGACGGUGCUACUGCUAAGAAGGCUAGAGUAGUCUGGUCUGUUGAUCUGCAUCAGAAGUUUGUAAAUGCUGUGAACCAAAUUGGAUUCGACAAAGUGGGGCCGAAGAAAAUAUUGGACCUGAUGAACGUGCCGGGCUUAACAAGAGAGAAUGUUGCUAGCCAUCUUCAGAAAUAUCGCCUAUACUUGGGGAGGCUGCAAAAGCAGAAUGAGGAAAGGAUAUUGGGCUCUGGCAGGCAAGAUUUCAGCACUAAGGGACCAUCAUCAGAGAACCUUAACCUCAGAAGCUCCUUCCAAGAGCAACCAAGCAACACUUCCAGUGGAUAUCCGCAUGCUUCCCAGAAGAUACAAGGCCAGAGCAGUUUGUCAGAUUCUCAGUUAGAAGAAACCAAGCGCACGGUCCCCUUACCGGCGCCAGAUAGAAGCAUGAAUUCUGUAAGUUCAGCUGCCGAACCUCAGAAUGUCGCCGGUGUUUCACCAAUAGGCGGCGUGCUGUCGUUCAAAGGUUUGCCAGUGAAUCAGGACAGGAAGCCAUCAGAAACCAUGAUACUGGAAUGCCAGGCCUGGACUGGAGGAGUGCCAGCAAAGCAGUUCAUGCAGUACCCAAAGCACAACCAUGCACGCUGCGACUUGUUAGGGGAUUAUGCAUGCCUACCAAAGCCAGACUUGGAACACCCCACUGCUCCUGGCCAUUUGUUUACCCCACCGCCGCUUAUCUCAAUGAGUUGCAGUACGGAGAUGGACGCCAGAAACUUCUCAGAUGUGAAGCCAGCCCUUCUUGACUGCAUCAAGUCCUUCUCCCCGGCGUUGACAUGUACAGCUGAUUCGGUUUCUGUUCAGAUCAGUGACAGUGUUGUGACCGCAACCAAUGCUGCUGACCGGAAGUUUUCCAGUGUGGAAGGUUUGCCUAGCACUAAAGAUUGUUACUUCGGCCAGACGAGCAACCAAGGCUCCUGGCUUCGUUCGCAAGAGGAGCCAAACAUCAUAUGCGGGGCGGAUUUUGCUUCUCUGCCCGAGGAUCUCCCCGGCUACCCACUUCAAGGAGGUCUCUCCUUUGAGAAUGUAGGGCUGAGUAGCAUUGAUUUGUUUCACUACAACGACGCGAUGAUACUAUCUGGGCUACAAAGUAACUGGUAUGAUGAUCAAGACCACUUCAGCAGCGAAACGACGGACUACCCGUUGAUGGAUGGAUGCCUCUUUGCAUAA